UGACUGGUCGAGCUCCGAGCCCCGCCGCCGCGCUCCUGCUCCGUCAGUUUCCUCGGCAGCGGUGGCAGAGAGCACCCGGAGCAGCGCGAGCGUGGGGGCCACCAGAGGCGGCGGCGGCGACGGCGGUGGCGGCACGGACAGAGCAAGGGCGCGGCGGAUCCCCCUCGCACAGCAGCACACUCGGCGCCCCGCGCAGGGUCGCGAUGCUGCCCGGUUUGGCACUGGUCCUGCUGGCCGCCUGGACGGCUCGGGCGCUGGAGGUGCCCACGGAUGGCAAUGCUGGCCUGCUUGCAGAACCCCAGAUCGCCAUGUUCUGUGGCAAACUGAACAUGCACAUGAAUGUGCAGAAUGGGAAGUGGGAGUCAGAUCCAUCAGGGACCAAGACCUGCAUUGGCACCAAGGAGGGCAUCCUGCAGUACUGCCAAGAAGUCUACCCUGAACUGCAGAUCACCAACGUGGUGGAAGCCAACCAACCAGUGACCAUCCAGAACUGGUGCAAGAGGGGCCGCAAGCAGUGCAAGACCCACGCGCACAUUGUGAUUCCCUACCGCUGCUUAGUUGGCGAGUUUGUAAGCGAUGCCCUCCUUGUUCCCGACAAGUGCAAAUUCCUACACCAGGAAAGGAUGGAUGUUUGUGAAACCCACCUUCACUGGCACACCGUCGCCAAAGAGACUUGCAGUGAGAAGAGUACCAACUUGCAUGACUACGGCAUGUUGCUGCCCUGUGGAAUUGACAAGUUCCGAGGGGUGGAGUUUGUAUGUUGCCCGCUGGCCGAGGAAAGUGACAAUGUUGAUUCGGCAGAUGCAGAGGAAGAUGACUCAGAUGUCUGGUGGGGUGGAGCAGAUACAGACUAUGCAGAUGGGAGUGAAGACAAAGUAGUGGAAGUAGCAGAGGAGGAGGAUGUGGCUGAUGUGGAGGAAGAAGAAGCCGAGGAUGACGAGGACGAUGAGGACGGUGAUGAGGUAGAGGAAGAGGCUGAGGAACCCUAUGAGGAGGCCACAGAGAGAACCACCAGCAUUGCCACGACCACAACCACCACCACAGAGUCUGUGGAAGAGGUGGUCCGAGAGGUGUGCUCUGAACAAGCCGAGACGGGGCCAUGCCGAGCAAUGAUCUCCCGCUGGUACUUUGAUGUGACUGAAGGGAAGUGCGCCCCAUUCUUUUACGGCGGAUGUGGCGGCAACCGAAACAACUUUGACACAGAAGAGUACUGCAUGGCCGUGUGUGGCAGCGUCAUGUCCCAAAGUUUACUCAAGACUCCCCAGGAACCUCUUCCCCAAGAUCCUGUUAAACUUCCUACAACAGCAGCCAGCACUCCUGACGCCGUUGACAAGUACCUCGAGACCCCUGGAGAUGAGAACGAACAUGCCCAUUUCCAGAAAGCCAAGGAGAGGCUGGAGGCCAAGCACCGUGAGAGGAUGUCCCAGGUCAUGAGAGAAUGGGAAGAGGCAGAACGUCAAGCAAAGAACUUGCCUAAAGCUGAUAAGAAAGCAGUUAUCCAGCAUUUCCAGGAGAAAGUGGAAUCUCUGGAACAGGAAGCGGCCAACGAGAGACAGCAGUUAGUAGAGACGCACAUGGCCAGAGUGGAAGCCAUGCUCAACGACCGCCGCCGCCUGGCUCUGGAGAACUACAUCACCGCUCUGCAGGCUGUUCCCCCUCGGCCUCGUCACGUGUUCAAUAUGCUGAAGAAGUAUGUGCGUGCUGAACAGAAAGACAGACAGCACACCCUAAAGCAUUUUGAACAUGUACGCAUGGUGGAUCCAAAGAAAGCUGCUCAGAUCCGGUCCCAGGUUAUGACACACCUCCGUGUGAUUUACGAGCGCAUGAACCAGUCUCUCUCCCUGCUCUACAAUGUACCUGCAGUGGCUGAGGAGAUUCAGGAUGAAGUUGAUGAGCUGUUGCAGAAAGAGCAAAAUUACUCAGAUGAUGUCUUGGCCAACAUGAUCAGCGAACCAAGAAUCAGUUAUGGAAAUGAUGCCCUCAUGCCAUCUUUGACUGAAACGAAAACCACUGUGGAGCUUCUUCCCGUGAAUGGAGAGUUCAGCCUGGAUGAUCUCCAGCCCUGGCAUCCUUUUGGGGUCGACUCUGUGCCAGCCAAUACAGAAAACGAAGGUUCAGGGUUGACAAAUAUCAAGACAGAAGAGAUCUCUGAGGUGAAGAUGGAUGCGGAGUUCCGACAUGAUUCAGGAUAUGAAGUUCAUCAUCAAAAAUUGGUGUUCUUUGCAGAAGAUGUGGGUUCAAACAAAGGUGCAAUCAUUGGACUCAUGGUGGGCGGUGUUGUCAUAGCAACAGUGAUUGUCAUCACCUUGGUGAUGCUGAAGAAGAAACAGUACACGUCCAUCCAUCAUGGGGUGGUGGAGGUUGACGCCGCUGUGACCCCAGAAGAGCGCCACCUCUCCAAGAUGCAACAGAACGGCUAUGAAAAUCCAACUUACAAGUUCUUUGAGCAGAUGCAGAACUAGACUACCGCCGCAGCAGCCUCUGAAGUUGGACAGCAAAACCAUUGCUUCACUACCCAUCGGUGUUCAUUUAUAGAAUAACUUGGAAAGAAACCCUUCUCUUUUAUUAUUUACUCAUUAUCGCCUUUGACAGCUGUGCUGUAACACAAGUAGAUGCCUGAACUUGAAUUAAUAUACAAAUCAAUAAUGUAUUCUCUCUCUUUACAUUUUGGUCUACACUACGUUAUUAAUGGGUUUUGUGUCCUGUAAAGAAUUUAGCUGUAUCAAACUAGUGCAUGAAUAGAUUCUCUCCUGAUUAUUUAUCACGUAGCCCCUUAGCCAGUUGUAUAUUAUUCUUGUGGUUUGUGACCCAAUUAAAUCCUACUUGAAAUAUGCUUUAAGAAUCGAUGGGGAUGCUUCGUGUGAAUGUGGGAGUUUUAACUGCUUCUCUUGCCUAAAUAUUCUUUUCCUGAUCACUAUGCAUUUUAAAGUUAAACGUUUUUUAAGUAUUCCAAAUGAUUUAGAGGAUUUUUUUCCCAUGAUUGCAUUUUACUGUACAGAUUGCUGCUUCUGCUCUCUUUGUGAUAUAGGAAGUAUGAGGAUACACGUUUAUUUCUUCGUGCCUGUUUUAUGUGCACACGUUAGGCAUUGAGAAUUGAAAAUUUUUUUGUCCAUGUAUCUUCGGAUCUUUGAUAAAGAAAAGAAUCCCUGUUCAUUGUAAGCACUUUUAUUGGUGGGGGGGGGGGGUGCUCUGCUGGUCUCAAAUUACCAAGAAUUCUCCAAAAAAAUUUUUUUUGCAGGGUGAUUGUACAGAAUCAUUGCUUAUGACCAUGAUAGCUUUCUACACUGUAUUACAUAAAUAAAUUAAAUAAAAUGACCCUGGGCAAGAGUUUUCUUUGAAAGAUGACCAUGGACAUUGAAUAUUCAAAGUACUUUGGGGCAGGGAAAAAGAUCCAGUUUCCUUUAAGCAGUCUAAAACCUUUUGUUUAUGAUACCCAAAGAAGGUGAAGGGCGAAGAGGCAAAACCAGGGGAUGGAGAGGCAUGCCUGGACAAACCCUUCUUUAAGAUUUGGCUUCAGUUUGUAUAAAAUGGUGUUUUCAUGUAAAUAAAUACAUUCCUGGAGGA